CUGAGAGCGCACUCGGAUAUUUCUUGACAGCGGCAGCCUGGGCAGAGUUUUCUGUCUGGUCAAACAUAAACAUGUCGAUAUUUACGCCAACAAACCAGAUACGGCUGACCAACGUGGCGGUGGUGAGGAUGAAGAAAGCAGGGAAGCGCUUUGAAAUCGCCUGCUACAAGAACAAAGUGAUGAGCUGGAGAUCGGGAGCAGAAAAGGACCUGGACGAGGUUUUGCAGACACACUCUGUUUUCGUGAAUGUGUCCAAGGGUCAGGUGGCAAAGAAGGAUGAUUUGACCAAAGCCUUUGGGACAGAUGAUCUGACAGAAAUCUGUAAACAGAUCCUGGCCAAAGGAGAGCUCCAGGUGUCAGACAAGGAGAGGCAGACUCAGCUGGAGACCAUGUUCAGGGACAUCGCAACUAUUGUGGCAGAGAAGUGCGUCAACCCUGAGACCAAGAGGCCGUACACGGUCAGCCUCAUCGAGCGGGCGAUGAAGGACAUCCACUACUCUGUCAAGGCUAAUAAGAGCACUAAGCAGCAGGCUCUGGAAGUGAUCCGGCAGCUGAAGGACACCAUGGAGAUCCAGAGAGCCCACAUGAGGCUGCGGUUGGUGCUGCCAGCCAAAGAGGCCAAGAGGCUGAAGGAGAAGCUGAAACCGCUCCUGCAGGUUGUGGAGAGUGAAGACUUUGACGAGGAGCUGGAAAUGGUGUGUCUGGUGGAUCCCGGCUGCUACAGGGAGAUCGAUGAGCUGAUCCGCUGUGAGACUAAAGGCAAAGGCUCUCUGGAGGUUGUCAGUCUGAAGGAUGUUGAGGAGGGAGAUGAGAAGCUAUAGUAACCCAACCAGUCAGGACUCUGCACCUUAUCCACACUAACAUGCUUCACUGCGGCACACAAACUGCAAACUCAUUUAAAAGACAUAUAAUUAUAUAUAUGAUCAGAUUCACGCUAAUUUCAGUCAUUCCUAUUUCCCAGCUUCUCUAUAUUUAAAGGAUUUAUUGGACUGAAAAAAGGUUUGUUCCAUUUGCAUUGUGGGUGGAAUGUAUUUGAAAAUAUGUUGGAGCAUUUAUACCUAAAUGCACAGGUCAGUAAACGCAUCUGAUGGCCUGCGUUGACUUAUUUAGGUUCUUCACACUGGCAUCUCUGCACCAUUAGCAGCAGCUCUGGAUGAGGUUGUUUCUGCCUUCCAUCAGACUCUGUGUGACAUGUAGCUUUGCUCAGUGUCUCGAUUUUAUGGUUAAUUUCUUUAACCCAUUUAUAUUUUGUCAUAGUGAAUGAGUUUGCACUGUAGCAAAUAAAUAUUUAACAAAAGAUUUGA